AUAAAAAAAAAAAAGUCUUUAAAGAUCAGGAUUAAGAAAAGUAAAAGCAAAGUCAUGUGCCGAAGCUUUUCUGUGGGACCCAACCGAAAACACGAACUCCAUGAACUCCGCCGCCGUCUCCAUCCGCUGACGUCAUGCUAACCGCCGCAUCAUUCCUCCCUACACGGUGGAGCCGAAUCCUCUUCUUCCUACUCUGUUCGCCUAUCCUUCUACCUCUUCUCUGCCUUUCGAUCCCUCUCCUCUGCGCCGUCGAGAUCUUUAGCCGCCUCCGCUGUCGAAUCUUGAAAUCGACACCUUCGGAAGUUAUCGCCGCCGAUGAAGAUGAUCUUGGGCUCCGGCGAUGCGAGGAAGGAUGCGGAGGAUGCGGCGAAUUCGUAGUGGAAGAAUAUGAAGAUGGGAUUGAAGGAAGUGGUUUGCUUCAGAGAUACUUAGAGGAUCAGUUGAGUUUGGCUAGAUCCAUUUACGAUUGCGGCGAAGAUGACGGCGAUCGUGAUCCUGAUCCAAUUAGGGUUCCUCUUUUGUCGUAGAUUUUUUUCUUGUUUUUCUUGAAAUUUUAAAUGUAGAUAAAAGAAUGUACUUUUGAUCAAUCUCAGUUUUUAUGACUUUCUAGUUUUUGGAUUCUUGAUUGUUUUUUUUUUUUCAAUCAAAAUUUUGGUGAAUGCAUCUAUGUAUCAACUCAACCAUGCCUCACCCUA